CCUCCCCUCUUGCUCUAUCCCUCCGAGGAGUUUCCAUUUCCGGGUUUCGGUUCGGGAGACGGGAGGCGAAUCCAAACGAUAAGUAAACAAGCCUUCGGGAUGGCCAUAUAGGUCGGUGCGGGGUCAGAAAAGAGCGGAGGGCCGCACUAGUUGUAUUCGGACAAAUCGGAGGAGGGGUUCCCACGGCGGGCCCUCGCUAGGGGGAGUCUCCAUCGGCACCGACACAUUCUCUGCACUGUCGGUGUGUGCGUGUUUUCUUCAGAGGAAAGGGGGGCGCUUUUCUGAGAAUUAUUUCCCCCCUCUUCCCUCCUGCACCUCUCUAUCCCCCUCCCACCCCCAUGUUGUUAUUCUCGAAACGGACAGGAUACCAGGAAGAGGCUCACCUUCGACCGGACCAGUUGAGGUUUAUGAGUGGCGGCAUACGGGCACACAGCCUAAGCAAAGACUGAAGCAGCCGGUGAUUGGAGUGGGACAGGAUGCCCAUUCCUCCUCCCCCACCUCCACCGGCCCCUUCUGGACCUCCCCCACCCCCGACAUUUAGUCAGGCCAAUACCGAACCUCCAAGGCUGAAUCGCGAUGAACAGAAGGGGCGAGGAGCAUUGCUGAAUGAUAUCUGUAAAGGGGCCAAGUUAAAGAAGGUGACAGGUGUCAAUGACCGAAGUGCACCUGUUCUAGAAAAGCCAAAAGGUGGUGGAGGAGGAGACAGAAGUGCAGGUGGAGGGGGUGGCAGUAGCAAUUAUGGCUCUAGUUCUGGGGGCCUACAGCCAAUGGGAGGCCUCUUUUCAGGUGGAGUGCCCAAACUACGAUCUGUGUCAGAUGGAAAACCUGCUUUGGUUCCCCCUAGCUCCAGAGCAGCGGCCCCAAAACCACCUGUCUUGUCCUCUUCAAGCUCCAGCAGUCGAGCCUACAAUGAUGCGGACUCCAAUUCAAGCCGGAGUUCUCCUCCUGAACUUCCUCGUUCUCACAGACCUUCCUUACCAGAUCUGUCUCGGCCAAAUAGUGCUGCCAGCUCUUCUGGAGGAAUGAAACAUAGCUCAUCUGCUCCACCACCCCCUCCCCCGGCUAAUCGACGUGCAAAUGCUCCCCCAGUCCCACCUGCAAGUAGCAAGGGACCAUCCUACAAUCGUGAAAAGCCAUUGCCUCCAACUCCGGGUCAGAGGGGCCCAUCAGUCCGUGAUGGUCCUCCAGCUCCCCCACCACCAAUUAAACCCCCUCCUUCUCCUCUCAACUCUGCUAGGCCAACCCCAACAGGGAGCAGCAGUUCAUCACUUGCACCCCCACCUCCACCAUAUCGACAGCCUCCCACUGCCCCCAAUGGUCCUUCUAGCCCUAUCAAUGAGGCAGCACCUGAACUUCCUAAAAGAAACAACUCGCUACACAGAAAAGCUCCUGGCAGUGGGUCGACACCAGUGCCCGUACGUGCCCAUGCUCCGCCUCCUCCUCCUUCUCCACAAGGGGCUAGGCCGCCUCCCCCUGCAAGAGAACCCCCAGGUCGAAAUCCAGCUCCUCCAGCUCCACCUCCAUCCGUGCGCAGCUCAGGCCGAGAGGCGCCUCCACCGCCACCACCCUACCGGAUGCAUGCAGCUUCAGAAGCUCCCAGUCGAGGGAAGCCUCCUCCUCCUCCAUCUCGCAACCCUGCUGGACCUCCUCCCCCUCCACCAAUCCGAAAUGGCCACACCACAGUCUCCAAAACAUACAUAGAUGACUUUGAAUCAAAAUAUUCCUUCCAUCCCUUGGAAGACUUCCCACCACCAGAAGAAUACAAAAACUUUGCAAAGACCUACCCCAGCAAGACCAAUAGAGUGGUCCGAGGUGCACCUCCUUUGCCACCCGUGGGUAGGUGAACAGCCAGCCUUGCAGAGUGGAGUAAUCGUAGCUUCGCUAUUUCUGAGGACGAUGGACUUGGCACACAGACGCACCUCCUCCCAGGCUUGACCAGACUCUUCUGGGUGGAGGUUUUCCUUCCAUUCUGCUUUUCCACCCUAGCAUGAAAUCCUCCUGGCUUCCCGCUUACUUGUGCCCCAGACCCAAAUCAGCUCGUUCAGCAGUGGACUUGUGGCCAUGUGAAAAAAGAAAAAAAAAAA